GUGCAAACUACCUUUGAUCUUGCUCGUCUUCGUGAUGCUGUCGGGGCUGGCUCAGCAGAGGCCGUUGCUUUUAGUGAAGAGGUGAACCGAUCAUUGGAUGGAGCUCGGAUUGACACGCCACAGGCCCUCAAUGAGCAUGUGAUGCCCAUCUUGGCGCGGCACUUUCCUAAGCUCGGUAUCCGCGUCUAUGGCAGCUGCGUCGAGCCCUUGGCGUGGGUCCUCCACCUGGCCUGCACCGUCUUUCUGGACAUGUUCUUAGGUACUGGCGUCUUCUUGCUAGCAGAGAACGCCUAUCGGCGGGGAGAUCAGAAAGGGCUCUUCGAGGUUAUGCGGAGGCUAGCGCCCAAGCAGCGCAAGGCGAAAGUUCAGCUGCGCGGUGAUGAUGGCCGGAUUCUUUCGAAUGCUGAGGAGCUGAGUGUCUUCACUGAGUAUUGCCGGGGACUCUUCUCACAAGGGCAAUGUGUUGCCACAUCCAUUCUUCUUGGGCAGCCUUUUAGGUUGGAGGCGGUCGCUCUCGAACAGCACAUGUGCAAGCUCUCCAUCUACAAGUCGGUUCCGGCGCACACCUUACCACCUGCUGUGUGGAAACUGUGCCGACAGGCACUGGCGCCUCUUCUUGUCCAGUUUGCUGACAAGGCCUGGCAACUUCGACCGAGUGCCCCUUCCCUUUGGUGUGAUUCCUGGCUGGUGUGGCUCAACAAGGUUGGAAAGCAAGGUCGCAGCCCGGACGAGUUACGUCCCAUUGCCCUACAGGACACGGGGGGCAAGAUCGUCACGAAACACCUUGCAUCGCUUCUCAG